UCGCAAGAUAUGUACGUCCUCGAUCGGAGCGUGCGUCAAGACGUGCGCAUGUUGAUUGAUCGCGAUCGCGAGGACUGACCGAGACAACUUGAAAGUUUCAUCCCCUUUUUUCUUUCUAGUUACCUUCUCCUUUAUUCCUCCAAUUUAAAACUUCUGUUUGCGAUCCACUCAGUCUAUAUUUGUUUCCCAAAGUUUCUGUAAUCAAUUUGAAAAAUUGAAUCGUGACGCUGGAUACGUUUAUAUAUCCAGUUUACAAAGUACUACGGAAUUAAAAUUGCACUUCGUUUUCGCGCAGAUGAAUGAAACUCUCAAGCAUGAACGUGGGUUCAGUGGGUUACAGACGUUAUUUGGCGGACCCAGGGCUAAAUUUCCUACAGGCUGGUUUCACCAACGUCGAUUAACGUAAACCGUGAUUGACUGAGGGUCGGUUCUAGUAACGUCGCUUAAGGCCCUGAUAUCGGUUAAGUCAAUUUUCUCUCUCCCUCUUCAUAUCAUAGAUAGAACUAUAAUCUACAAAGAGAUAGCCAAUUGCCGAGCCAAGUUUACUCGACCCACAUGAUUGAUGUAAUUCGGUCCAACUCCAUCUAUGUUACAAAGAGAGAUGAAUGACGCGAUGAUUAGCGCACUCGGGAAAUAUUCCCGUUGACAAGGUGCCAGAAUUAUGUUCUAUAUUACAUCCGAUGCGAUCCUGCGGCGCGAUGAAGGAUCGAUGAAACCACGGUGAGCGUUAAUCGACGUUAGUCGACGAGCCUAGGAAAAGCGCGUUUUCAGGCUGACUUUUGUCCGUCCCGAAAAAAGACGGUCGACGGCGCGCGGAGAUCGUCCGUCCACUUUCCUGUUCUCUUUGUGCGCCGCUGGUUAUGGUGUAUAACUUGUUGCUCGCGGGCAAACGAACGUGCAGUGACCGCGGAUUGCAAUUUUACAUCUUCGGGCCGGUCGCCGAUGGCAGACUGCCAUGCCCGCUUUCGGAGAUCCUUUUUCCUAGUUGCGUUCCCCGUCUCCGUUCGAUUCGGCGAUAAAAAUGAAGAGCCGUCGACGCGCGUCUGUUACUCGCAAGUGAAGAGGAUGGGGGAGGAAACGAGGCAAAGGGAAGAAAGAGAAGGGAUAGAGCAGAAAUAUCGUAAAGGAUAUAUGGGAUCCUGAUCCCACCCUACUGUCGACCGACCUUCCUCGUUAUUUGCGGCUUAGGACGGCUGCAGAGCAAACAUAGUCGUCGCGACCAUCCUCCGAUAUUUGCCACUGCGAUUAUCCCGCUUUCUCUCGCAAGAUCGUGGAUACUCACCGUGACGACCUCCCUCGACCUCCGAGCCGAGAACUCGAUCGCCAGCCGAUUACCCCAUCGACGGAACACGGCGCACGUGGUCCUCCCUCUUCCGCCGUAAUGACCGGGAUGAUUUAAUCAUUUACUGCACCGGCGAGAGUCACCAAGAUGCUAACACGCUAACGGAGGGAAAACCCGCUACAAAUCAUCGUCGCGAAAAUCGAGCACGACGUCGUCGCUGCGGUGUACUCGCCAUCUCGUCGUUAUGUCCCAGCAUCGUUAACACUGAAGACAGUCUUGUGAUAAAUUUCCGGCACAUAGCGAAAUAAAUUGCAUCGUGGAUCAUCAGAAUACCUUGUCGCGGUCGCACUCCGCACGAUAAUAGACGAGAUACGCGGAGCGGCUCGCGCCGCGACUUGCUCGCUCGAGGGUCGACGACCGAGUGAUAAGCCUGGCGACCUUGUACAUACAUACAACGGGGCGCGGUACGCUGUUAACAAGAAAGAAAAUAAAUACGUACGUACGAAAGGACUGACAUCCCACAAAAAAAAAGAAUCUACACCUCAAAGUCCAUGGAGUUUCGGGGCAGAAAAUUGCGGAGAAUGGGAACUGCGGGAAAUUCUGAGAUAGAGAUGGAAGCGCGCGGGGCGAGUAGCCGGCGUUUAUCGGCCAGGUGUUGACUCCGCGUCUCUCGAAAACGAUGGAGAAAGCUUCGGACCCGCUCUAACGAAUGCGGACUAUGAUACAUUAUUUAACCAGAUGAUGAAUAGCGGCGAACACUGAAGACGGAAAACACACUUUCAGCCGUGAUGGAGACUCCCGUCGAUCAAGCCGCGAACGCAACUGUGGAAAAUCCAGUCUUCAUCGAUGUACCAAUCAUCUUGAGAGCUAUCGUGCUCUGUCUCCUUAUACUCAUCACUAUCGUAGGGAAUCUGUUCGUGAUAGCGGCUAUCCUGUUAGAGCGAAACCUGCAGUCCGUAGCAAAUUACUUAAUUGUCAGUUUGGCUGUCGCGGAUCUUAUGGUCGCCUGCCUCGUUAUGCCUCUCGGAGCUGUUUACGAGAUAAACUCGGCGUGGUCACUCGGUCCGGAGCUCUGCGACAUGUGGACCAGCAGCGACGUUCUGUGCUGCACAGCCUCGAUAUUGCAUCUGGUGGCUAUCGCGGUCGACAGAUAUUGGGCAGUCACCGAUAUCAAUUAUAUACAGGCGAGGAAUCCGAGAAGAAUCGGCAUCCUGAUCGUCACCGUGUGGGUGGUAUCCUUAGGAAUCUCAUUAGCGCCUCAGUUCGGCUGGAAGGAUCCUGAUUAUUUGGUCCGCAUAGCCCAAGGGACGUGUCUCGUGUCGCAGGAUUCUGCAUAUCAGAUCUUCGCAACUUGCGCGACGUUUUAUGUUCCGCUGCUAGUUAUUUUAUUCCUGUACUGGAGGAUAUUCCAAGCGGCGCGAAAGAGGAUCAGGAAGAGGCCCGGCACCAUCCUUCAGCCGCCGCGCGAACGAAGGGGCAUCCUCAGGCUCGUCACGAGAAGCACGCAGUAUUUUAUCUCAAGCGGCUUAGCAUGCUCUAAGAAUUUUUAUCUCAAUGACCAGUGCAGGCCACGAGAACAAAGGCCGCGCGAGGAGUCGACGGCAUUCACCAUCACGAGAACCACGCCGGACCACUCGUCCAUCUCGCCGGAGAAGUCGUCGUCGUACAACGGCGCGAAUGCCACACCGUCGACGACGGUGACGCCGACGGCGGUCUCGACGACGACGACGACCACCACGACGACGACGUUGACGAAUCCGACCAGCACGAGCCAGCAGCAGCCGGUGGUCAAGUGUACGAAGCGCACACGCGAGACGAUCGAGUCGAAGCGCGAGCGUAAGGCGGCAAAGACCCUGGCGAUCAUCACGGGUGCCUUCGUCGCCUGCUGGCUACCGUUCUUCUUCACCGCGCUGCUGCAAGCCACAUGCCGGAUCUGCCAGCCACCCGAGAUCGUGUCCAGUGUGUUCCUGUGGCUCGGAUACUUCAACAGCACCCUCAACCCCGUAAUUUACACUGUGUUCUCGCCGGAAUUUCGGCAGGCAUUCAAAAGGAUGCUGUGCGGUGGUACGCGGGGACUUCGCUGACAGUGGAUUUAAUUCCUUUGCUCCGUGCGCGCGGCCGGAUGAAGAGGAUACGUGAAACUCUUGUAUAUAUAUACAUAUAUUUAUACGCAAUACAUACGUACGUAUGUAUGUAUGUAUUGCAAACGCUUGCUACCCAGCGUUUUCCUCGGUGUUGUGUAAUAUCUGGAUGCCCAACUCUAAAUAUUGUUAUAUUAAGUGGAUACACUUGCGCGGUUACCUGAGAUUUUAGGUGCGGUAGUAAGAAAAAUCAACUGUUAAUGUUACAUUUAUUUUUAAAUACUUUCUCAAACGACGCUCAAAAAGGUUGAGUUGAGAAUGUCUCAUUUUCUGAUGCAAUUAUUAUCUUGUCUUUUUAAUAUAUUCUCUACAUUUUUAUCAACGAUGUAAUACUCUCAUCGAUUUUAGGAUAUAUUGUUCGAAUCGUCUAUCCUUGUACCAAAAUCAAUUCUGCCAGCAUCUAGACAUGACGGACAGCGUCCAACACAAUACUGCUUCUUCCCUCUGCAGCUGUUCCAAAUAAUCGAGCCGCGCGCCGUUACUCUCGUAGAUAUUGUUAAUAAACGCACACGACUCGUUCUCAUAAACGAAUCCAAUUGAAGUUCAACUCACGAUUGGCGUCAAUUACAGUUGACGUUAAUCGACAACGACGAGAUACGAUUCCACCUUAGAAUAUUUUUGCGAAACGCUUCCUUAAAUCACCGAAAAAUCAAACGAACGACAAUGGUACAACAUUGCUCGCGAUUUUUUUAAGCGGGCGGAAAUAUUUCACCACCACUGAAUACUUUAAUUUAUGAAUUUUAUUGAAUUCACCAGAAUCGAAGUCAGAGCACAUUUUAACGCAUAAACUGGACGACACACAUAUGACAAUGAAAGCUCUUGUCGCUCAAGAAAUAAAUAAAUUUAAGGUAUGAUUAUAAAUUUUUUUAUUACAAUUAUUAUAAUAUAAAAAUGAUGUGUAUAAGCAAAGAGCCAUAUGAGUAUCUAAGUAACAUAGAUGCUUAAAAUUCACAAUCUCUAAUAUUUUAUUUAAACGAGGGAAAUGUGGACGAAAGCGUGGAUGGCUCCGUUAAAAGUUUUGGUUUAGCAUCCGUAGCACUUAGACAUAAUGUAUAGUUGACAUAACCGAAGUGAAUGAGAGAGAGAGAGAAAAAAAGAGAGAGAGAGAGAGAGAGAGAGAGAGAGAGAGAGAGAGAGAGAGAGAGAGAGAAAGAGAGAGACACGUCUCGUGUUUUGUCGUCCAGUGAAAAUCCCUUGAGAUGUGCUCUGAUAAUGCGAAAAGAAAAUCGCGAGGGAUGCUCUCGCUGAAUCAUAAUUGUACAGUAUUGUGUAUAAGCGCGCGAUAGUGCUUAGCGAUCAUACUUCCGAGCAUUACUGUUAAAAUAGCUAUGUAUAAAAGUUUUAAAUCUUGGCUUGUCUCCAGGGUACGUGAUGACGUACUUAAUGAUACGUAAUGACAAGCCUGAGUGUACAUUAAUUGAAACCGCGACGAAACGAAUAGGUACGCGGCGAGAUGGACACCCGUCGCGAUCGCGUAUAAAACUCCCACGUUUAAAUAAGAACGCAACCUCAAGCUCGACUCGUACUAGGUACGUCUUACGCUUUUCAACUUGGUUCGAAAGUUAGAAGUACUCUUUGGGAAAUUUCUCAAGCGCAAAAGAUUUCUCGCCGCCUUAUGAAGAUUUGCUUGCGCAACUUUUCUCGUACGGAGUUUUUUAAUAAAGAAACUAAAUAAGGUAUCCCACACAAGCAACAGAAUUGAAUAGAAAGGUUCGCAGCGUUCCCUUUAACGAAUGUUACAGAUUUAUUUUCACGAAUCAAGCGCAAAGUAAAAUAGACGAUAAUCACUAACAAGGGACAAAUAUAAAUUAAUGAGCGUUUUGAGAGUGAGGAGAGCAUGACACGUCACAGUAAAAUAUCGCAAUCUAAGCUUACAUCGUGGAUGCAAUGUUAGAAUCGAAAAAUGAUUUCGCAAUAAAUUACCCCCGUCUGAUAUUUGGAGAUGUAACUUUUAACUUUAGCCUUGCCAUUCAAUUCUGCGUCUUAUAGCCAAACGUAAGCCUUUGAAUUUACUUAGUAGUAGGGUAACAUCCAAUACUAUAAUAUUACUGCAUAACAUGGCGAAUGAUGUUUAAUUUACAGAGCAACGACUGACCGAGAUCUGCGUUCGCAUUUGAAAUGAAUAGGAAUUGAAAAGCGACACUUUUCGUUCGUAAAGUCUACUUCGAAAUGCCGAAAGUGCACGUGCAUUCAUUUCGUUUCUACGUCAACUUACGGGCCACUAGGCGCUCGCUACUUAGAAGUAAACAUAGUUUUAGACUAAUUAUAAUAAUGUAUUAGGCAGAUUGUGAUAAACGGCGACAAUAGCUUUCUCUUCGUCAGAAAUGACAAGACUUUAUUUCACUCAAUUCCAAAUAACGUGAAAUAGACGCGUUCUUCUCGCUUAGGAAACUUAUAAUAAGUAAGAACACAAAAAGUAUAUUUGAAUGUACCUUUUAUUCGUGUAUUCAUGGUAAUUUUCUUUCGCUAUACGUAACUGCUACCAUAUGCUAUAUAACAAUUACUGAACGUAAAUGUAGAUUUAACAAAAGAAGAUUUACUAAUUAAUUAUGGUUUUUAUCGACUCAGACUGCUUAAAUUAAAACUUGUGGAUAAAUUCUUCUCAUUUCUGACGACCAUUGUUGCUGAAAUGACGGCAAUAUCGGAUACGCUUGCGCUAUCUAAUUAUGUCACUGGUCGUCGUUUUACUCACACGACAUGACUAAUAAAAUAUAACGUUUUCUUCA